AUGGCCUUUCUUGAUCUCUUGGAUCUAGUCGGUGGACUGGGGAGAUUUCAGAUCCUUCAGACUGUUUUCUUUGUCAUUGCAACCCUUUUCGCUUAUCCACAUCUGCAAUUGGAGAACUUCACUGGAGCCAUUCCUGAGCAUCGCUGUUGGGUCCCCCUCCUUGACAAUCACGCUGUCUCUGACAAUGACACAGAGCUCCUCAGUCAAGAAGCUCUCCUAAGAGCUUCUAUCCCGCUAGACUCAGACCUGACGCCAGAAAAAUGCCAUCGCUUCAUUCAUCCACAGCGGCAGCUCCUGCAUCUGAACGGGACCUUCCUCACUAUAAGUGAAUCUGACACAGAACCCUGUAUGGAUGGCUGGGUGUAUGACCAAAGCUCCUUCUACUCUACCAUCGUGACAAAAUGGGACCUGGUGUGUGCGUCAGAAUCACUAAACUCAGUGGUCCGAUUCUCUGUCAUGACGGGGAUGCUCCUGGGAGGCGUCUUCUGCGGCCAUUUAACAGAUAAGUUUGGGAGGAAGUUAAUGCUCAGAUUCUGCCUCCUGUUGUUGGGCAUCGCUGGCACCUGUACAGCCUUUUCUCCCACCUUCCUCAUUUACUGCUUACUUCGCUUCUUGUCUGGGGUGGCUAUCUCAGUCAUCAUAUCAAAUAGUUUUUUGCUCAUUCUAGAAUGGACAUUGCCCCAGUUCCAAGCCAUGGGAGUUAUACUGGUAACCAGUGCUGGCAGUAUUGGACAGAUAGCUCUGGGUGGCCUGGCUUUUUUCAUCCGUGAGUGGCACAUCCUCCAAAUGGUGUUUUCUGUGCCAUUUCUCAUCUUCUUUCUGUCCUCAAGGUGGCUGGCAGAAUCUGCUCGCUGGCUGAUUAUUACCAACAAACCAGAGAAGGGCCUGAAGGAGCUCAGGGAAACUGCACGCAGGAAUGGGAAGAACGUGGAAGACACCUUAACCAUAGAGGUCGUGAGAUCCACCAUGAAGGAGGAGCUGGUGGCUGCACAGAUAAAACCUUCUGUGUGUGACUCAUUCCAAAAACCCAUCCUGCGGAAACGGAUCAUACUCUUGUCCUUUGUGAGAUUUUCAAACAUCAUGGUCUUUAUUGGCCUAAAUGUCCACCUGCAGCAUUUUGGGAGCAAUAUUUUCCUGUUGCAGGGCUUCUUUGGGAUAGCCAACCUCCUGGGUAACUUUGUGGCACUGCUGGCACUGAACCACUUAGGCCGUCGGGGAAGCCAGGCCAUGUUCUGCUUCACUCUGGGGAUCUCCAUUCUGUCCCUCACAAUCAUGCCCCAAGACAUGGAGACCCUGCGUAUGGCUUUGUCAGCUUUCGGAGGAGGACUUUCCAGUGCAGCUACCAGCAGUUGUGUUACCCAUGGAAACGAACUUCUUCCCACAGCAAUCAGAGCAACAGCCUUAGGAAUUAUCACAAUCGCCGGUAGUAUCGGGGCUGCCCUGGCUCCUCUGAUCAUGAUUGUAAGGAUUUACUAUGUGCCCUUGCCCUGGAUCAUCUAUGGAGUCUGCUCCAUCCUCUCUGGCCUUGCUGUGCUGCUGCUUCCUGAGACCAAGAACCAGCCCCUACCUGACUCCAUCCAGGAUCUGGAGAAUGAGAGAAAAACCAAUCAGGAAAACAGCCUCAUCAAAGUGACACAGUUCUAGCGGAUUCCACAAGCCGACUGCUGAUCGAUCAAAGCGCAAGACAAAGCAAAGCCAUCAGGAUCAUUCCGUAAUAUUCACAAACUUGAAACUGAAUAAACAGCUAUGACAGAAAAACGGUUCCCACCUAGGAUGGUGGCACUAACUUACUGUCUAUAAAAUAUUCAUCGUUGAACACAGUAAAACAUUUUAGAAAAAAAUCCUACUCUAAAGGAAAUCAUGACACGAUGUGCCAUGGUAAAUACUUAACAUAUUGUGGGAUGGAAAAGUAGAGUAGAUUUAAAGCAAUGAGUCUUUUCCAAUUCAUUAAUAAUAAUAAUUGAUGUAAUCAUUCUAGUGUGAAUGCCAACAGUUUCGAAACAACUUAAAAAUGUAGUAGCUCAAAACUUGUCUAAAAAUGAAUAAUUAACACAAUGAUUCCUAAAAAAUGAGUUUCAUGAAAUAAGGAUAAGUCAGGAGAGAACAAGCCGGAGUUGGAUGUGGUUAUUUUGUCAUCACAAAUUGUCAGUCUGAAUAAAGGGUUAUGUAGUCAAGUCUGAGGGACAUCAAAAAAAUUUGUGGAGAAAAGGAAUUAAAAGAUAAGCUUUGUUUGGUACAUAAAAUUUUGAAACCUAUGUGUAGCUUUUAAGUAGCUUUUCUGAGACAUUUAGAAGAUUUCCAAUUAUGGAUUUUUACCAAAAGACUGUUUGGGUGUUGUUAUCAAACAAAGGAGUCUUAGCAA